CGAUAUGAUCUAGUAGUCAACGAACUGAGUUGAUAAUCAUAAAGUUUCAUGUUUAAGUCCCACCAAAGUCAAACACAAUACGUAAUUUCUUCACACCUGUUCAAGUUUUAGUGGACAGAAAUACUCGAUCCCUAAGCUAGUGGGAGACAAUACAACAUAUACCCCAUGAAAUAAGUCAAUGUGCAUGCAUGCAAGCUAAACCGAACACCAAAGUCAGCAAUGGAUGCCUCAUAUAGUGAUGGCUGCAAAUUUGGAAUCUUGCAUAUUAUUCAUCUAAUUGUUAAAUAAAGUCUCAAAAUCUUGCACUCGGUAUGGUCUAGUAGUCAGCGAACUGAGUUGAUAAUCGUAAAGUUUCAUGUUUAAAUCUCACCAAGGUCGAGCACGACACGUGAUUUCUUCACACCUGUUCUAGUUUUGGUGGAUGGAAACACUCAAUGCCUAUGCUGGUGGCCGAUGGGAGGUAGCAUGUACCCCACGAAAUGAGCCAAGAUGCAUGCAUGCAAGUUGGACCGGAUACCACAGUUAAAAAAAUCUCAAAAUGUUGAGAGGCAAUAGUACCCCCCUGCAUGCCUUGGUCAUGGUAGCAACUCAUAUAUGAAGUAUAUAAACUACUAUAAUGGGAGUACUACAUAUAGAAUCAAGAAAAUGGAUACAAGUGAAUCAAAAUAUGAUAGAAAGAGUGAAUUGGAAGCCUUUGAUGACACAAAAGCUGGUGUCAAAGGACUUGUUGAUGCAGGAUUAAGUAAAGUCCCUCAGAUAUUCAUUUCACCUCCAAAUACAUCAACAAACAACUCAAAUCCCACCACAGGACAGUUCAUAUUUCCUGUCAUAGACCUUGAAGCCAUUAAUUAUAAUCAGAUCAAUCGAAAAAAGGUCGUUGAGGAAGUCCGCGAUGCAUCAGAGACAUGGGGUUUCUUCCAAGUGAUCAAUCAUGGCAUUCCAAGUGAUGUUCUUGAAGAAAUGAUACGAGGUGCGCGUAGUUUUCAUGAGCAAGAUACUGAAAUCAAGAAGCAAUGGUAUACAAGAGAGUUCACUAAAAAGGUAGUUUACAACAGUAAUUUUGAUUUGUAUAGUGCACCAGCAACUAAUUGGAGGGACACUUUUUUCUGCAUUAUGGCUCCCAAUCCUCCUAGUUUUGAAGAACUGCCUCAAAUCUGUAGGGAUAUCAUCGUAAAAUACUCCGAGGAAGUGAAGAAACUAGGGAGAUGUUUGUUUGAACUAUUGGCAGAAGCACUUGGGCUCAAUACAAGCCAUCUCAAAGACAUGGAUUGUGACAAGGGACUUUCAGUUGUAUGUCACUAUUAUCCAGCUUGUCCGGAACCAGAACUCACAUUAGGUGCUAGUAAACAUGCUGAUGAUGGAUUCUUGACGCUGCUUCUUCAAGACCAUAUAGGGGGAUUGCAAGUUCUUCAUAACAAUCGUUGGGUCAAUGUUCCCCCUACUCCUGGUGCUCUUGUUGUAAACAUUGCAGAUCUGCUGCAGCUAAUAUCAAAUGACAAGUUUAAAAGCGUAGAACAUCGUGUACUGGCAAAUCGUGUUGGACCAAGGAUAUCGGUAGCAUGCUUCUUCUCCACUUUUUUCCUACCAUCCUCAAGACUUUAUGGUCCUAUUAAGGAGUUGUUGUCAGAAGAAAAUCCUCCAGAAUACAGAGAAACAACGGUGCAUGAAUAUGCUACCUAUUUUACCGUAAAGGGGCUUGAUGGGACUUCUGCUCUACAACAUUUUAGACGUUAAACUGUUGUAAUGAACUGUCUUAUCAUUAGUCUCUCAUGCUGCUUAUUCAAAGUGAAUAAAUGAUAUAUUGUAACAUAUAUUAGCAUAGAUAAUCACUAUUUAUGCGUUGUAAUCUUCAAGUUAUAAAGAAUCUCAUUGUUACUUUCUUGGUAAA